GUUUGGCCUUUUGUGUGGGGUAGUGGGGUAGUGGAAAUGAUUUGACUCUCUUCACUCUUCACUGCUUUCGCUUGCUGCCUCUUUCUUUCAAUAAGUAUAGUCUAUUACUCUCAACGCGGCCUUCUGCAAAACCACAAUAUAUCUCUUUACUGUUCACAGAGGAGUAAUUUAUUUCUUUAUUGGGCUCGAAGGAUCAAGAACAGUUUUUGCAUAAGCAAUUUGAGUGUAGUCCUACAUAUGGAGUUUAUGAGCUGUGCUUUUGAGGGUAGAGCUCUGCUGUGUAGUGAUGACACAGAUUUUGGGGCUGAUAAUCUCACUAGUAGUAGAAAUCUGUUACAUAAGUGGGAUGGAGAAGAUGAAGUAGACAGCAUAGGAGUUAUAAAGCCUCUUUCGCCCGAAGCAACAAGCAAGCCCUUUCUUGCUGAUCAAUGCUCGGACAGUAAUGGCGAUCGUCAUUCUGGCAAACCUGUUCAGGAGAUCACAGUAGACGCGUUAAUGGAAUUUGGCAUGAGAAUUCCAAGUUCUGCAAAUAAAGCCAAAGAGGAGAAGUCUUCUCCAGAGCCUUCAGUGUCAGCAAAACGAGCAAAGCUAACAUAUUUGCAGUCUCUGGUUCCAACUUGUCAAGUUUUUGGGUGCAACAAAGACUUGAGCUCCUCAAAGGAUUACCAUAAAAGGCAUAGAGUGUGUGAUCUUCAUUCCAAGACUGCUGUGGUUAUUGUUAAUGGCAUCCGGCAAAGAUUCUGUCAGCAAUGCAGCAGGUUCCAUUUGCUAGCUGAGUUUGAUGAAGGCAAGCGUAGUUGUCGCAAGCGCCUUGCUGGUCACAAUGAGCGGAGACGAAAGCCUCAAUUCAACGCUCACUUGGGUUCCACAUAUUUCACAGGAGAUGCAUCAAAUUCCUUCAUUUUCUCGAGAAUUCUUCCAGGUGGUCUCUUCGGUGUGCAAUGCAACGACAGGCGCCUUAAGGCGCAAGAUGAGCCAAGACAAACAUCUCAAUUAGCACUAGAUGUGAAGCUCAGUCAAUCAGUCCUGUGUUUCCAUGGUAUGGGGAAACAGUAUCCUAAGAGCUGUCUCAACACGCCAUCACCACUCCCAGAGAUGAAUUCGAGCUCAGAUUCAGGCUUUGCUCUCUCUCUUCUGUCAGCUCGAGAACACACCUUAAGCACGCCAAUGGCUCAGAAUUCUACCACAGCUCUCGGAGAAAGUUCUUCCAAGAACUUCACUCCGGUUAUUUAUAGCUCUAACGGAGACAGAGUCACCAUUAGUACAGAGAUUCAACCAGAGCCUCACGGCCUAAAGCCAACGAACCCUCUGUCUCAUCAAGGCGCAAACACGGUGAGUUUGCUUGAACUGUCUUUGCAUCUGCAGAGAGUGGAACAGCAAAAGUAUUAUGGCCAGAUCAAGAUGGAAAACGAUAUCUUCUGCGACUCCACGAUUGCAUGAAGAUCAAAGAAGAUGCAUGUAUUUCUGCACAGGAGCCCAAACCAGGACUCCAACAUGUGGUGAUUAGUGUUAGUGGAUGUGUGAAUGUUGUUGUGUUAGGAAAAUUCAAGUUUUUGAAAGAUGUGUGCCAAUUAGCAGUAAAUGUUAUGUGGCUGUUCUUGAACAGUUUAAGUAAGUAUUAUGUUUUGAUGGUAAAUUCUGCUAGUAAUCUUACCUCUGUGAAUAUGUAAUUAUUUAUUUUGCAAGUUUUCA